UUGAGAAACGACCUACAGUCGGCAGUAUAUGACGAGGUCAGAAUGGAAAAAUGCAUUUUCAUUGACCUGCCCAAGAUCGAAGAUCAUCAGGGCCAUAUAAUGGGAGACGCUGCUAAUCUUAAAGUUCCCAUUGACGAUAGGAUAAUCAAUCAUAUCAAGCAUCUCGUAAAUGAAAACAUAACCCAACCAAGGGAGAUCCAGAGGAAUGUGAAAAUGUUGGUUAAGUCCAUCUUUGGCAGUAGACUUUCCAGUGACCUUAAUAGAAGGUUCUACCCCAGUAGGGAGGACAUACGGAAAAUAGUAUACAGGGAGAGGAAGAGGUUAAUGGACGGAAAACUGGACCAACAGUUAUUAGCUGAGAAGGUAGAAGAAUGGACGGGUGAGGACACCGGUAAUCUAGUCUUCUUUCGCCCGCGCACGGAAGAUGGGGACAAGGAAAGCAGCAGUUUCCUGCUGAUUUUUCAGAGCGAAUGGCAACGACGUCUGCAUGCCAAAUACGGCAAAGAGUACAUAUGGGUUGGAAACAACGAUUUAUACGUAUACCAACAUUAUGUUUAAAGGGCGUAUGCAUACACCAUUGGUUUAAUGUUUGUUCUUCGUUGAGUGAGGUCCAUGGAAUAGUUUACAAACUUUAAUGGUUUUCAUGCCCUAAUAUAUGUCAUCCUAUAUACGACAUUUUUAUUAUUCCCAGUAUUUUGUAUUUAGUACCGUCAUAUUUUCUUCCUCCCGACAUUUUCAUUUUUCCCAGUAGU